AACGAAGGUCUUACGUGUUUGAAACGACAUGAGGCGUGCUUUAGAAGACUGCAGUAUUGAGCUGAGUGAGCAGUAUGAGGCCCUUAUGAAGCAGCAUGCAGCAGAGCAGGAGGAGCACAACCUCCAUGUCCGCAGUCAUGGCAAGACAAGAGUUGACGGAAAUCAUCAGUACCAGUGUUUUAUAGAAAAAAUUGAAUCUUUGCAAGUUAAAUUGGAGCUGAAUAGCAGCAAGACCACACGGAAAAACUUCAUGGUAAAGCGGCAAGAUCUUACUGCAGAGAAAGAGCGGAUGGAAGAUGAGAAAACAAGACUGGCUCAGGAGCUGGAGGACACAGAAAAGAAACUCAAGAUGCUGAUUGAGGAACAGAAUCAAGAAAAGCUGUCCUGGGAGCAGGAAAUAGCUGACCUGAGGGUGGAAAUGGAGACACUCUGCAGACAGGCAGAGCAGGCCAGUCAGACCGUUCUUCAAGAUGAGAUAGCUGCGUUAGAGAUGCAGAAAGAGCUUGCGCUUUCUCAAGUGGAGGACUGGAUUGCAGACGCUGAAAAAUAUCGGAAUUUUCUCAGAUUAAAUCCUUCCCAGAACCACCUGCUCCAGCAGCAGAAGUGGGAGCAGAAUGUAGCGGUCAUCCGCAGCAAUCUGGUGGGACUAAAGAAUAAGUUUAAUGAAAACCAUCUACUCCUACUGAGAGGUGAACAGCUGGACAGUUUGCCUUCAGUCGUGCUCCCGCAUCUUCCACCAGUGCCUACAUUGGAGAUAAUGAGUCCACUUCAGAAUCCUACAUCCCAUCCCGUUUUCAACAGUGGUCUGCCGACUACAACAACUUCUCCUCCUAUAGUUCACCCACAACUCCACUCCUCAAUCACACCACCCCAAAGGGCCACACCGCCACUUUCUGCCCCAUCUCCUCAAACCACACCAUACCUACCCAUCACGAUAGGUCCACAAUCUGCACACGUCCUAAACAUUUAUGUUCCCAUGACAACUCAUGCACCUGCCCCUCAAAUACCCAUGCAAACGAUCUCCCUGUCUCAAACCUCAUCCCAUGCACCUGUUACACCAGCCCCACCGAUCCUACCACAGACACAUGUAGGCGUUCCAGCUGCCUCAGCAGGCGCCUUUGUUGUAUUGCCAAAUAAUCACGGAGCCAGUUUUCAACCCCAAGCUGCAGUGCGCCUUCCCCAAACAUUCAUGCCAUCCACGUCUGCUCGUAACUCCUCCCCCCAGCCCCUUCCCUCCAAUCCUGCGCCAGCAGGAAAACUGGAUAAGUUGCUGGAGAGACUGGGCUCACAUUUCCCACAAUGCAAAAGAGAUCAGUUGACACGUGUUCUACAGCAAAUCAAGAGUGAGCGUGGUACUAUGGCUGGCAUGUCGAUUGAUGAUCUUACUCAGCAGGUUGCACUGAGACUUGCGCAGAUCCAAAAACCGCAUCCAGGGCCUAUAGCACCUCCAUCUGGACCAAGAGCCUUUCCUGCUUCAGUUGGUCCGAUUCAGCGUCCCGUAGCCCAGCCACCGCAUCCCAUGAGGCCUCAUUUCCAACCCCCAGUUGCUCAGGUCUUCCACACAAGACCUCCGCAGUCCUCUACCCGGAAAUUUUGUUUGAUGUGUCAGAAUCCUGUGGAUGCUGGAAGCCAGUACAACACCAAGUGCUGCCAUACCAUGCACAAAGAAUGUGUUAGUGUUUGGCUCAAGACCAGCAAGAAUAACUCCUGUCCUUUCUGCCCAUCCAAGUAAGGUCUGACUUCAAGAGAAAACACACAGUCAUAGCUGAGCCUAUACCUGCAAAAAAAUAAGUGGAAUGAUCAUAUAAAUAGUUAUCAAGACACUUGAGAAUUAAGUUUUUGUAAUUCUAUGAUAACUCUGGUUAAUAUAAAAACAUAUUGUUCCAUUCCUGGUCAGUUAAUAAUUAUUAUAAGGACAGUAUGCUGUUAUACUAAUUGAUGCUACUUUGCAGAUCAAUGGAAAUCCUCACAAAAUGAAUAGUCGUUUUUUCAGUAUUCAGUGUUAAUUCAAAGAUUUUGAAACACACCCUGAAGUUUAAUCCUCUUAUGUAUGCUUUUAUAAAGGUCAUAUACCAUACAUACAAUCUCCAAAACAAAAUAAAAUGUUUCUUUCGGAACUUUUCCAAGUGAUAGAAAACAGUACUUAACUGGAAAGUGCUGCAGUUAUAUUAUUUGUGUAUUUUAUUAAAUUAAGGAUCAACAGAGGCCUUUAUGUGGAGAGCUUUAUACAUUGAGGAAAUGUUUUGUAAUCACUUAUAGUUACCCUUUUUUAAAUAAAUGAUAAUAUUGUUCAAUAUAAAAACUGUAUUAGGACAUUAUACCAUAUUGUUUCAGAAUGUAAGAAAACACUGACGCAAAGUUUUUUUUUUUGCAUUUUAUAUGUUUACAUUAUUACAUCAAAGAUUAUUUAACUUGAACAUAAUAAACAUUCAUAACACAA